AUGUCGCAGCCCCCCUUCCCGCUGUCCUGCACGCCCUGGGGAGCCCUGCACUACCAGCACAGAGAGGUAGGAAGCCCCGGACGUUACGAAGCUCCUACGCCGGCGGCACACACGCACGCACAGUAUCCGCACACACACAUCGAGACACAAUUAUGCAAAGGCGAGAAUGAGGAAAGUCGUGAAUUUAGGGAAUAUCGUGAACAUUAUCUUCAGAGAUGCGGUAGUUACAACAAAUGUGUGGAAGAAGAUAAAACGCAUGAAGAAGCAGUUAGCAGCUCUGUAGAUCCAUGGGGCGACAGACUUGUAAGCAGUUCGCUGUGUCAAACGCCCAGCACCUCUAGGAAAGAAGCUGCAUCACCACAUGUGACGACAACUCACUCAGGUGGUGGUCGUCGAGGAGCACUGCAGCUGUGGCAGUUCCUGGUCUCGUUAUUGGCGGAAGGGGCGCGUUGUGUCGCCUGGACCGGACGGGGUCUGGAGUUCAAGCUUCACGAGCCUGAAGAGGUGGCGCGUAGAUGGGGCGCUCAAAAAAAUCGACCAGCGAUGAACUAUGAUAAGCUAUCACGAUCUUUAAGAUACUACUACGAGAAGGGGAUCAUGCAGAAAGUUGCAGGCGAACGCUACGUCUACAAGUUCGUGUGUGACCCCGAGGCUCUAUUCAGCAUGGCCCGAGCCCCACAACCAUGUGACGUCAUAUCUCAUCUCUACUACCCCCCCUAUUUACCCCCCACAAGCACAGCAAGCUCAGAGUACCCCACCACUAGUAUUGGGAGACGGUUCUACGAAAGCACUCAGUUUGAUAAUACAUGA